GCUCUGCUCGCCGCCUCGGACGAGCCCCCUCUACCACCCUGUCAGUGUUGGAGGAGGAGAGAGAGAGAGAGAGAAAGAGAGAGAGAAAGAGAGGGAGGGAGGCUGAGAGUGAUAGAGAAAGCACACGCACGAGAGCGAGCAAGAGAGAGAGAGAGAGAGAGCAACUGUGUGACAGAGGGAAAGAGAAUGAGGCAAGCUGCUUAGAGGAGUGAGAGAGCCAAGGAAGAAAUAAGGAACACAUUUUACAAGAGCAGGAAGAGGGAGGAUCGCAGACGAGGGACUCCUUCUCCACUGGACACCUGGGACACUGUCACUGUGGCUUUUUUUUCUCACUCGUCUUCUAACUGGAACCCAGUGGAUUGACUAACCGACCCGGUGGAUUUCUUUUGAAUACACGCGUCUGCCACAUCCUUCACAAACCAGGAUCGUUCCUCUGUGCGCUCUGUCCUCUUGGCUGUAGCUCGACCGACCACAUCUCUCCCACAGACUGAGAUUUGCUUCCCGUGCCGGGUUCUUAUUCUCUCGUGUUGCGAGUGCGUCUGUCGGCACCCGGUGCUGAGGAUAUCUCUCCUCUCUGUCAAACAGGACAGCACGCAGCCACUGCCGGAUUAGACUACAGAGGAGAGAGAGAGAGCAGAGCGAGAGAGAGGGAGAGUGUGUGUAUGCAAGAGAGGGAAAGAGAGAGAGAGGGGCAGUGAGAGCGAGUCAGAUUCACAGUGUGGUUCAGAGAGAGGCAGAUUAAAGCCCAGGCAACAACAAAAAAAAAAGACUGGAGUGAAGCAGCUUAAAUAGAGAAGUGAACCUAUACGUCCUCUUCCCGUUUUCCUUGCCAUCCCUCUCCUCCUCCUCCUCUCCUCCUCCUCUUCCUCUCCCAUUCUCCAACAUUUUACAGGACUGCCAGAGCUACUGCCACCUGCUACCGCUUCUCUUUCCUCCUCUUCCUCCACCUCACCCUUGCACCUCGUUUGCACUCCGACACACCGGCCGCUCACAGAGACUUGUGGGAAUAUUUCAAUUGAUCCAGCAGCGAGAGACUCAGCGAGCACCCGCCCCGGCGCCCAGGCUUUUCCGGACCGAUCACCAGGACCUUCGCCACGCUGCUGUCCCCGGCUCCCCACGCAGACUCUGCCUUCUCCCUGGAGGACCGGCUAGCGACCCAGUGGUGCGGACAGCGAAGACAGGAACCGCUCAGCCUCCUCCGCUGCCUCCAUCCCAUUUGCUCGCAGUUUGGCAGCCCCCAACCCGGUGUCACCAUUCCCUGCCUCUGUGCUAAGGAUUCCAGCUACAUGGGCAAGCGAUUGGAGCAGCAGCCAAUGUACCCUCAGUACACCUACUACUACCCCCACUAUCUCCAGACCAAGCAGCCCUAUGCUCCACCCCCUCAUCCGAUGGCUCCUCCCAGCCCCAGCACCAACAGCUGCAGCCACGGAGGGGCGGAGCAGCUGAGCAAGACCAACCUUUAUAUCCGAGGCCUGCCACCCGGGACCACCGACCAGGACCUCAUCAAACUCUGCCAACCGUACGGAAAAAUAGUGUCAACCAAGGCCAUUCUGGAUAAGAACACCAACCAGUGCAAAGGAUAUGGCUUUGUGGAUUUUGACAGCCCAGCUGCGGCACAGAAGGCCGUGUCGUCUCUCAAAGCCACCGGGGUGCAGGCCCAAAUGGCCAAGCAACAGGAGCAGGACCCCACCAACCUGUACAUCUCCAACCUGCCGGUCUCCAUGGACGAGCAGGAGCUGGAGAACAUGCUGAAGCCCCUGGGCCACGUCAUCUCCACGAGGAUACUGAGGGACGCCAACGGGGUCAGCAGAGGAGUGGGCUUUGCCAGGAUGGAGUCCACAGAGAAGUGUGAAGUAGUGAUCCAGCAUUUCAAUGGAAAAUACCUGAAAACCCCGCCAGGCAUCCCAGCUCCCAUAGAGCCGUUGCUGUGCAAAUUUGCAGACGGAGGGCAGAAGAAACGGCAGAGCCAGAGCAAGUACCCUCAGAACGGGAGGCCGUGGCACAGGGAUGGCGAGACUGGCAUGGCGUUAACAUAUGAUCCCACCGCGAUGCAGAACGGGUUCUACUCCUCGCCUUACAGCAUCGCCACCAACCGCAUGAUCGCACAGACCUCCAUCACGCCCUUCAUCGCUGCUUCCCCCGUUUCCACAUAUCAGGUCCAUAAUACGUCAUGGAUGCCUCAUCAACAAUAUGUUAUGCAACCUACAGGUGCAGUGAUCACGCCAGGCAUGGACCACACUAUGUCCAUGCAGCCUGCCAGCAUGAUGGGUCCUCUCGCCCAGCAGAUGAACCAUAUGUCCCUGGGCACAACAGGAAGUUACAUGACUGCUGCAGCCGCCGCGGCGCCUAUGCAAGGGACCUACAUUCCCCAGUACACUCCUGUGCCUCCAACAGCCGUCCCUGUCGAAGGAGUGGUGACGGACAACUCCCCCCAGUCUGUGGCUCCCUCAUCACAGGAGGUGGUAGGCCAGCAGCAACAGAUGCAGGUGGACAGUGGUGCCGACCAUGUUCCUGCUUACUCAUACCAGUCCAAAUAGCAACGGCCUGAGCGAAUGUUCCUGUGACAGCGUUGCCUUGAGACAGAAGGUGGCUGCACUGUGAAUGUGAGGAGAAAAAAGAGAAUAGAAAGAGAUUGCUUCCAGAUUGCCCAGGCACCAAAAAAGAGACAAUUUUUUCAUUUCCUACCUGGCCUACGAGAAAAAAAAAAAAAGAAUGAAAGAAAGAAAAAACACACAAACGAGAGGAAGGAGGCGAAGAGCUGAGCGAGGGGAUGGAGGAAAAAAAAAUUGCGGGGCACAGUGCAAAGAAGUGAAAUUGUUUAGUCUGGGAUUCUGCCUGAGGGGCUGGGCUGAAGCUCCAAAAGUUUCUCAAAGAAAAUUCUCUACUACCAAUAAAAAAACAAAAAGAACAAAAAAAAAAA